AUGGAGAAGGUUGAACUCGCUAUUGGUAGUAAUCUUAAGACUACAAUUAACUUGGAGAAGGAUGCCAAAAUGCCGAGGUAUGCUAAAUUUUUGAAAGAACUACUAAAGAACAAGAGAGAACUAGAAGAAGUGUCUUCUGUAACACUUAGUGAGGAAUGUUCAGCUUUGAUCACCAACAAACUCCGCAAGAAAGAGAAAAAUCCCCGGGGUUUCAUUGUUCCUUGCACGAUAAGUGGUUUAGUUGAUGAUAAAGCCUUAGAUGAUCUGGGGUAUGCAUCAAUCUCAUGCCCUACAAAAUUUUCCAAAGAUGUUUUGAUUAAGGUGGACAAGUUCAUUUUUCCGGUGGAUUUCAUAAUUCUCGAUAUUGAUGAUGAGGUGGAGGUACCAUUUAUUCUAGGAAGGCUACUCCUAGCAACUUCAAAGGCUCUUAUUGAUGUCAAAGAUGGCCAAAUAACACUUAGAGAUAUGUUCAUCAAAGAUGAGCUUGCUGAAUUAUUGGAAAAUGAUCGCUCAAAUGAUUAA